AUGAUCCAGUGGCAAGGAACUGAACGUGAAUUCAUCAGAAGUAAUAUGAAGUUGUUGAGGAGCAUCGACCUGUCAAGCAACAACUUAACAGGGGAAAUCCCAUAUCAGAUUACCAAUCUUGAUGAACUUAUUGCACUCAACUUAUCAAAGAACGCUCUACUUGGAAAGAUUCCAUGGAAAAUCGGUCAGAUGAAAAACCUUUUAGUUUUGGAUUUAUCUAGAAACAAUUUUUCAGGAGAAAUACCAUCAAGCAUGUCUCAAAUGGCUUCACUGAAUUACCUAGACGUCUCAUAUAAUAACUUGUCAGGGAGAAUCCCAUCCAGCACACAACUUCAGUCCUUCGACCCUUCAAGAUACGAAGGGAACUUAGGGCUAUGCGGACCUCCCCUUACCAAAAAAUGUACUCGAGAUGAAGAAUCGGGAAUACAACAUAGCAUUGGUGAAAGUGAGGGUGAAGGUAUAGAUGAACUUGAUGUAUGGUUCUAUAUUGGUGAGGCCAUUGGUUUCACUGUUGGAUUUUGGAUAGCAUGUGGUGCUUUACUCCUCAACCGUCGUGGAAGAUAUGCGUUUUUUUAUAUUUCUUGA